AUGCGGAGAUACAAUUUUUCAAUUGGAGACAUAUUAUUUCCUGUACAAAAAGUAUAUUGCCAAACAAUAUUAGGCUACCUGUUUUUUGCACUUUUGAAUAGUUUUAAAUUUUUCCAUGAUUGGCUAUUUUUAAUUUAUUUUACAGGAGCAUCAAAGAAAAAGAAACAUUCGGCACAUUUUACCGAAGGAUGGGUGGAAUUUCUUAGUAAACGUGUUGCUAAAGAAGUGGCCGCAAACCUCAAUAAUCAGCAAAUCAGUAGCCAGAAAAAGAGUCGAUAUUAUGACCACAUUUGGAACAUCAAAUAUUUACCAAGGUUCAAAUGGAUCCAUUUGAGUGAGCGAUUAGAGUACGAACGAGCAGUUUACAAGCAGAGAAUGCGAGCAGAAAUCGCCCAAGUCAAACGAGAGGCUUCCAACUUCGCACAAAAUGUCGAGAUAAGCGAGAAGUUGGCUAAGAAGAAGUUGAAGAAUCCUGGGAAUGUUGUGCUCCACUACAAACAGCGCAAGACCAACGACGAAAUUUUGAAGAGUAAAUCCUCUGAUUCGAAAGAUGAAGAUAGAACGGAGUUUCUGUCAAGUUUAUUUGGGUGAUGGAUUCUAUUCUAAUGUACAAAGGAUUGUAUUUCUCUUUGGUUUUGAUUUUUCAACUAUUGGCUACCGUAAUGAUUUUAUUUGAAUAUCAUUUCUUGUGUGUUCUAAUACGCUUAUUAUAAGUUAGUUUUUACAAUAAAUUAUAGAUUAUAUAAUUA